AUGCUCCCUUCGUGGACCCUCCAGGUCCCCUCUGUGGCACCAUCUGGACUCAGUGGAGGGGGAGGAGCCCCUGGAGAGCUUACCAUCAACUGGACUCCCAUGUCACGGGAGUACCAGAAUGGAGACGGCUUCGGCUACCUGCUGUCCUUCCGCAGGCAAGGCAGCUCCAGUUGGCAGACGGCCCGGGUGCCCGGUGCUGAUACCCAGUACUUCGUCUACAGCAAUGACAGCAUCCAUCCCUACACACCCUUUGAGGUCAAGAUCCGAAGCUACAAUCGCCGGGGGGAUGGGCCCGAGAGCCUCACUGCCAUCGUGUACUCGGCAGAGGAAGAGCCCAAGGUGGCCCCUGCCAAGGUCUGGGCCAAGGGUUCCUCAUCCUCAGAGAUGAACGUGAGCUGGGAGCCUGUGCUACAAGACAUGAACGGCAUCCUCCUGGGAUAUGAGAUUCGCUACUGGAAAGCCGGGGACAAAGAAGCAGCCGCUGACCGAGUGAGGACGGCAGGGCUAGACUCCAGUGCCCGAGUCACCGGCCUGUACCCCAACACCAAGUACCACGUAACUGUGAGGGCCUACAACCGGGCUGGCACCGGACCAGCUAGCCCUUCAGCUGAUGCCAUGACCAUGAAGCCCCCACCACGGCGACCUCCUGGUAACAUCUCCUGGACUUUCUCAAGUUCCAGCCUCAGCCUUAAGUGGGACCCUGUGGUUCCUCUCCGAAAUGAAUCUACAGUCACUGGCUACAAGAUGUUGUAUCAGAAUGACCUGCAGCCAACUCCUAUGCUCCACCUCACCAGCAAGAACUGGAUAGAAAUACCAGUACCUGAAGACAUCGGUCACGCUCUGGUGCAGAUUCGAACCACGGGGCCUGGAGGGGAUGGGAUGCCAGCCGAAGUCCACAUUGUGAGAAAUGGAGGCACCAGCAUGAUGGUAGAGAGCGCAGCUGUCCGCCCUGCACAUCCUGGCCCUGUGUUCUCCUGCAUGGUUGUACUGAUGCUCGCCGGCUGCCAGAGGCUCUGAUCUCAACGCUGCCCACCACACCCAAGCUGGACACCCACCCUAACAGACACAGCGGCUGGCCACAGCCCCCCUCCAACGCCAAGGUGGUUCAACACUGCCUGAGAGUGGCUGGCUUAGAUACCUACUCCCAACAGUACCCUUUACGUAGGAGGUAGGAUAUUUCUAUUCUGCCACAGGAUAGAACCAGGCAAGGAAUUUCUCUUUAAAUCAAGAGGCACUGGGCAGUGACUUCCAUGAUAAUACUAGACCUAAUGCCUGGACCCUCUGGGGUCCUGGACAGAAGGAACAAGCCUUUGGAUAGAAGGUGUUUGAUAUACAUCUUCAGAUCAAGUGGACGGCCCUCUGGGGCUACAAGUGGGCACUGCCAUCUCUCAUCUCUCUGGGAUGAGAGUCCCAGGCCCAGCAGGAACAUGGGCAGCAGUGGGCUAUCAAUUUCCCUCUAUGAAGCAGAGGGACCUCUCCUAGUCCUUGCUGGAGAAGCACCACAGUUAGUCCCCACGUGGUCUUCCGUGGCUCCCCGGCAGUCCUGCUUACUCAGUAGCCAAGAACAAGGCCCUGGGUUACUGGGGAUCAGAGCUCUAAAGGGUUGAGAGGCUACACCACCUGAUGGAAAGGGGCACCAGACUAAGGCCCAUUCACCACCCCGGUGGCACUGCCCUCUCAGCCAGCACUGCCAUCCCUGCCAUCCUCCAGAUGGAAUGGUGGAGUGACAGGGCCACUUGAGGUGGCUAUGUGACUAAAGGGCUUGUCUCGAGGAGUUGCCUUGCCUCAUCGGGAUGCUCCCUUCGUGGACCCUCCAGGGUAGGGGCAGGCGACGCCCAUCUGAAUGCCGUGCCCUUCCCUUCAGCUCUGCUGCAGACUUGUGCCUGCCUCCUCCUCCCAUAACUGCAGGCCCUGGAAACCAGCUCUCAACACAGCAUCCAUUCUUUUUCCUGGGAUGGAGAGGCAUCUGAGAAGGGCCAGAAUCAAUGUGGUCCUGCCUGCUUCCAGGAAUACCCUCCAUCACCUGGCCACACAUGUUCCCCAAACUGCCUGGACUCUCUUGGGUCCCCAGAAGUAAAGAGUUAAUAAGGUGGUGGAGGUGAAGGCAGCCUGCCUUGAGCUCUGGGUACAUUACCAGUGACAGACCAGACUACAGGAGCUGAAGAAGCCUUAUAGCUUGACUUAUCCAUACCUUGCCCUUAACAGAUGAGGAAAUGAUGCCGGGCAGUGGUGGCGCACACCUUUAAUCCCAGCACUUGGGAGACAGAGGCAGGCGGAUUUCUGAGUUCGAGGCCAGCCUGGUCUACAAAGUGAGUUCCAGGACAGCCAGGGCUAUACAGAGAAAUCCUGUCUCGAAAAUGGAGGUCCAGAAAGGGUUAGGGACUUCUUAGGGUCACAUGGUCUGUAAGUGACAAGGCCAGAGUCUCCUCCACACCUGUGGGAGGCUCUGUGGAGGAGAGAGGUGUGAUGCUGGGCAGUCACCACCUGGUCUCCAGGAUGAGCCCUCUGCUUCAAGAGAAUCAGAGUGCUGAGAAGAUCAACAUGGACGCGCUCGGUCCAAGGCACAGGCAGAUUCUAGGAGUCAGCGGCCUGAGGCUGGCUUCUGCUGGGAACUCAGCAGGCAGAGCUGGCUGGAAGCCUCUCAGGCUCUCUCUUUUCAUUUCAAGAAAAGAGGUCAAAGCGAGGACAGAGUUCUCUAGACCAGGACCCUGUGCAGCCCGACCAGAAGUCGCCAGUGUCCACGCCCUGGGCCCGUGGGAGCAGCAGAGCAGGCGUUUCGAGAGGCGCUUGUCCGGCUGUUCCUUGAGCCGUUUCUGUAGUUUACAGUUAGAGCUCUAUUUUGUUAUGGGUUUUUAAAACUUUAAGCCCUGCUCUGUUUUCCUGGGCGGGUUUAUGUUAGUAUUUACCCACUACAAUUUUUUAAAGAUGUCCACACACUCACGUACCUUUCCCCCUACCACCUCCAAACCUUCCCCUCUUUCCCCCUACCACCUCCAAACCUUCCCCUAGCUUCCUUAGAGCUGAUUAAACCCUCCCUCUUCUGCUCCCAGCACCUCACCUACAAGGGUGCUAGGGGCUCAGCCAUGUGAUCAUUCUCCCUCAUGUGAACCCCAGAGCUGGUCCAGCAUCCCUCCCCAUCCUAUGCUGGCUGGGAUUUGGCUCGGGCCUAGCCCUGGAAAACCCUAGCUAGCCCUAGAAAGGGGCACCUGAAACCUUCCAAGGUUUCCCUAUUUCUCACUGCCUUGGGUUUCGGUGAGGGGAGGGGGUGCUAAAGAAAUGGGUAUCUAGUGUCUGGGAAGGAUAAGUGAACCUGGUCAGGGAAGUGGGAGGCUGCAGCCCCUAAGCUUUUCUUCUAACAAGGUCCAUGAAAAGCAGGCAAGCUGCUGGGAGACCGGAGAAGAGGAAAACCUUAGCCCUGUGCAGGUAGCAUUUGUUGUGGGGAGGUGAGGCUGUGCCAGCAGCUUUGGAGCUCCAAGUGUUAGCUAAGGUGUAAGGAGGCCACAGGUGACUCGACAACAUGAGCUUGUAAAUAGAAAAAAAAAAAAAAAAGCCUCUUGCUGAGGAAACUUGGACCUUAACUGGCUUGGGAAGGAGGGCUAGAUCAAAUGGCUUCUCAGAUUCCCUCCCCUGCCAAGGGUCCUCUUGACUUCUGUACAGGCUGGGGAAGCUUUUGGACUGGCCCCUGCUAUGGUCCUGACUGUUAAGAGAUUCCAUCCAUUCUUGAUAGAAGUGAAAGGGACAGCCACAACCAGGGGUUCUGUCUAGGCUUAACAGGCAGGAAAUGGCCCGAGGGCUAAGGGUGAAGCUGCCUAUAAAUACCUCUUCAGGGGCUGGGAGGUGCCCUCUGUUCCAUCCACACUGCUCAUUGCCAUCUGAUGGUACAAAUGAGUGGCUCUGCCAUCCAGGGCAGCAGGUGACCCAGACAGUGGGGAAGUCGGGAGGCAAUGGGGCAGGGAUGAGAAGCCCGACCGUGAACAGGAGAGAAUGAAGCCAAGGUCAGGGAAGCCUUCGAGAAUAAGGAAGGGACUUCUUUUGGGUAACCUUUGAGGUGUUUCCGGUGUUCUUUCCAAUCUUGGUUGGGCAAAGUCCUGACUUGAGGGGUAGGAGGUGCUGAGUCCUUCCAGAGCUGAGAUCUUAGAAUCCAAAUGCCUAGUACAGGGAAGCCGUAGAGGUACCAUCUGCAGCUUAUUUUAAAAGCCAUCAGUGGGAAUGACCCCCAGAACAGUCCUUACAAAGUCGUGCCUUCCCCAGCGCAUCCUAGCCUGUACUCUAGCCAAGAGCUCAGCGUGGCUAGCCAAGCUAUCCUUCCCUCACGCCUUUCCCUGCAACAGAGGCACCUUUUCUUCUUCUAGUUGUCCAAUAGCCAAUAGGGCUCCUGCAUGCCAGGGGGACAGCAGUAUCCUCACACCUGUUAUGAGUUCCAGUGUGGUGUUCGCUCUCGCUAGCUGAGACUAUACCUUGCCAGGGAGUCUGGAGUGUGCCUCUUGAACCUGUAUAUGUGGUCCCAGGCUUUGGGAAAUCAGGGCAUUAAAGAAAACAAGAGAGGAGGAGGAGGGAGGAGGAGGAGGA